CUCAGGUUGAGCACCAAAUUAGGACAGGCAGAGCCAGAGAAGCCGGACGCUUCUUCCGGUGGUGCUCCCCUAUCCUCUCCGUCCGGGCUCCUCCUACCAGAAGCCCUGGGUCUCGGCUGGGCAGUGGGUCCCUGGAGAUCUCGGCUCUGAGCCCCGCCCUAGCCCCGGGCUGCUUCCUAGGGGACACCUCAGGCCUAGCAUUCCACCUGUUGGAGGUUCGUAGGUGGCUUUAGACCCCCACCCCCCGCAGGCCACUGUGGGCUGGCGGUGUCCCCGCCCUCGCGUCAACUGCAGGGGGCCCGCCCAUAGCCAGUUCCGGGGCGGUUGCUCUGAGAGCACUGAACUCCCCGCCCCCUCCUGCGGCCCGGGGCCUGUAGGAGGCCGUAGAGAGGAGGUAGGAGAGGCGGGGGCUGUGUUAGGGGCUCCCUAGAGGACGAGGACCCUGGAGGCGGGACUUGAGGCGACACACAGGUGGAGCCAGCCAUUAAGCAGUCCCACUUCUGUGCCAGGCACUGAACUGGGCACUUGGAGAGCAUCACCUCUUAAUCCUCAGAACAUUCCAGGGAGUUUUACAGGAUCCCAUCUUCUGGGCCAUGAGUGAGCUGAAGGACUGCCCAUUGCAAUUCCAUGAUUUCAAGUCUGUGGAUCACCUGAAGGUCUGUCCCCGGUACACGGCAGUGCUGGCUCGCUCCGAGGACGAUGGCAUUGGUAUUGAGGAGCUAGACACUCUGCAGCUGGAGCUUGAGACCUUGUUGUCCUCUGCAAGCCGACGGCUGCGUGUACUGGAAGCUGAAACCCAGAUCCUUACUGACUGGCAGGAUAAGAAAGGUGACCGACGAUUCCUGAAGCUGGGUCGAGACCAUGAGCUUGGUGCUCCCCCAAAACAUGGGAAGCCCAAGAAGCAGAAGCUGGAAGGGAAGGCAGGGCAUGGACCAGGCCCUGGCCCAGGACGACCCAAAUCCAAAAACGUUCAGCCCAAGAUCCAGGAAUAUGAAUUCACAGAUGACCCAAUCGAUGUGCCUCGGAUCCCCAAGAAUGACGCUCCCAACAGGUUCUGGGCCUCAGUGGAGCCCUACUGUGCCGAUAUAACCAGUGAGGAGGUACGAACACUAGAGGAGCUCCUGAAGCCUCCUGAAGAUGAAGCAGAGCAUUAUAAGAUUCCCCCACUGGGAAAACACUACUCCCAGCGCUGGGCCCAGGAGGAUCUGCUAGAGGAGCAGAAGGAUGGGGCUCGGGCAGCAGCUGUGGCUGACAAGAAGAAAGGCCUCAUGGGACCACUGACUGAACUGGACACAAAAGAUGUGGAUGCCCUGCUGAAGAAGUCUGAGGCCCAGCAUGAGCAGCCAGAAGACGGGUGUCCCUUUGGUGCCCUGACACAGCGCUUGCUGCAGGCCCUGGUGGAGGAGAAUAUUAUUUCCCCUAUGGAGGACUCUCCUAUUCCUGACAUGUCUGGAAAAGAAUCAGGGGCCGAUGGAGCAAGCACCUCUCCCCGAAAUCAGAACAAGCCCUUCAGUGUGCCCCACACCAAGUCCCUGGAGAGCCGCAUCAAGGAGGAGCUGAUUGCCCAGGGCCUCCUGGAGUCCGAGGAUCGGCCUGCUGAGGACUCAGAGGAUGAAGUCCUCGCUGAGCUGCGCAAACGGCAGGCUGAGCUGAAGGCACUCAGUGCACACAACCGCACCAAGAAGCAUGACCUGCUGAGGUUGGCAAAGGAGGAGGUGAGCCGGCAGGAGCUGAGGCAGCGGGUCCGCAUGGCAGACAAUGAGGUUAUGGAUGCCUUUCGCAAGAUCAUGGCUGCCCGGCAGAAGAAGCGCACCCCUACAAAAAAGGAAAAGGACCAGGCCUGGAAGACCCUGAAAGAGCGGGAGAGCAUCCUGAAACUCCUGGACGGGUAGCUUCACCUGCUGCUGGCCACCUCCCUGGCCUGUCAGAAGCCCACUUCCUUUGAAGCUUUGGCUGGGGGCUGCCCAUCAAAUGACAACAAUCUCAGGCCACCCAGCUGAGCUUUGUGCAGCCAGCAGGCAAGGCCUUCCUGUGCUGACUGGACCUAGCAUCUGCCUGGUGCCCCAGAUGAGCAGGUGUAUUCCUGGCUGUCCCCUUUCCUUCCUACCAUCUCCUCAACACCUUUCCCUCAAGGAUUUCUUCCUUGUGGUUUUGUAAAGUACAAACUUAAGAAUAAAGUAACUGCUGUCUUUUUUAAAAAAUUA